AAAGAAAUGUCGUCAUAAAAGGAAGUCUUGGGGUGGGUUUAGGCAGGAGAAAAAUGUCUUGUGGAGAUAUUUGAAAAAAGUUACCACAGACAUCUCUCCUCGGCUUCCUCAUUGCUGCUGACGUCUAAUCAUCGUUUCUGUCUUAAGGACGGACAGUGCUACCACCGGAUUUCACCCUGGACAGUUGGCUAUUGCGGGGGCAGCGGGCGACGCGGAUAACCCAUGGUCAAGUGUUUGGAAAUAUUUUUCAAGUGGUCAACAUACGUCUAUCAAGGAUGAGGAAGAAAACACGAUAUUUUGUUGGAAUCCUUUGCGUCGUUCUUGCCUUGGUGGUGUUUGUAAGACGCCAUUAUGUUGUGGACUUCACGCCCUCUUUCCUUCCUACACUUGCCAACAGCGACCUGAGCAUCCAGUCGGGAGCAGUAGACCAUGACCAUGAUUCUUCCACUAACGUGAGGACAAGAUACCCUACAACUUCUAGCAUCCUGAGUAUUGAUAAUCAACAGUCUGAAAACCCAGAAUACACGUCUAUAGCCGAUAGAAAUUUGUAUCAGCCGACAACUCUCUUGCAUCCUCUAAAUUCAUGUACUGGAGGCUGGGAAUUCCCAAGUUCAUCUACUCCACCAUCUGUCACAAACACCACUACAACGACUGCUUCGUUGGACAGCAUCAACGGUUCCAAGGUGAUCUGCGCAAGAGCCGUAGGCAGGUUGGGCAAUCAGAUGUUUGAGUAUGCGUCUCUUAUUGGGAUUGCACUGAAAACAAAUAGGAUACCCGUCUUUUUAGGCAUGUCGUCUACUUUACAUGAUGUGUUGCAGAAUACUUCGAUAAUUGAGAAUUCUGUCAAAUACUCAAACCAGUGCGAAGAGAACUUUAUUCAAGAGCCCGCGUGUUGCAAAUUUUUCCCAGGGUUCAUUGAGCUGGAUCCAAACAAGAAUUACAGGAUCGGACAUAACAUUGAGUCGUGGCGAUAUUUCUUUGAAUACGAAGAGGAAAUACGAGAAGCGAUGAAGUUCAAGGACUCUAUAGUGACUCAGGCUCGCAAAGUGGUUGACAGCCUCCGACAGAAACACAACCGGACGCUGACAGGCAUCCACGUACGACGGGGAGACUACCUUGAUAGAGGGUUUGUUGGAUAUAAGACAGCUCCGGUACAAUACCUUGUGCACGCCAUGGACUACGUCAGACAAAGGUUCCGUGACGUCACGUUUGUUAUCUCUUCGGAUGACGUCAAAUGGUGCAAGGAACAGUUUGCAAACACAAGUGACGUCACUGUGCUGCAGGCGAAUUCGCCGCCUGCUGUUGACAUGGUGAUUCUUGCGUCACUGGAUCACAUGAUCAUGACGGUGGGUCUACGGGUGGUGGGCUAG